CUGAGGGUAAGAGUCAGUCUGACAGGUGCUCUACAGUCCCACAGCUGAUGUGUACCACGAGUUGCAGUUGGAAUCGUUUGAGGUAGUUUUGGCUCGUUUCGACUUAAUUACGUGAUAAUUGAGUCAUUUUGGAUCCCAGCCUUGUCAGGGAUGAAGAAAUGAAGGCAGAGCCAUGAUGAUGGCACGGCAGGUUGUGGCCAAACCCCGGAGGCAAGCUCUACGGGGAGAUGGUUACCUGUUACACGCUCAGUCCUCCUCCUGCCUUUCAAUGACAGAGGAACUCUUCUUAGAUGCCGCAGAAUAUGGAAACAUUCCUGAAGUGAGACGGAUGCUGGAGCAGCUGCCAGAACUGGACGUCAACUGUGUGAACUACAUGGGCCUGAAUGCAUUGCAGCUGGCUGUUGCCAAUGAGCAUUUAGAUGUGACUAAGCUCCUGCUCACCAAGAAAGACCUCGCUAGGAUAGGAGACGCUUUGCUGUUGGCCAUCAGUAAAGGCUACAUCCGUAUAGUGGAGGCCAUACUGAACCAUCAGGCCUUGGCAGACAGUCACAUGCUGACUAACAGUCCCAGUCAGGCUGAGACACGCGACGACUUCUUUGCCUAUGACGAGGACGGCACGCGUUUCUCUCGCGACAUCACUCCCAUCAUCCUGGCCUCGCAGUGCCACGACUAUGAGAUUGUGCAUAUACUUUUCACCAAGGGGGCCCGAAUAGAGCGGCCCCAUGAUUACUUCUGCCAGUGCAGGAACUGCAGCGAGCAGCAGAAGCACGACUCCUUUAGCCAUUCACAAUCCCGCAUUAACGCAUAUAAAGGUCUGGCCAGUCCAGCGUAUCUGUCCCUCUCCAAUGAAGACCCGGUGAUGGCAGCCCUGGAGCUGGGGAACGAGCUGGCAGUUCUGGCAAACAUUGAGAAGGAAUUCAAGAAUGAAUACCAGAAGCUGUCCAUGCAGUGUAAGGACUUUGUUGUGGGACUCUUGGAUUUGUGUCGAAACACAGAGGAGGUGAAGGCCGUCUUGAACGGGGACACUGAAUCAUGUCAAAGCGCCGAAACCUUCAGCAGACAAAACCUCAUCAGAUUAAAACUUGCAAUAAAAUACGAGGUUAAAAAGUUUGUGGCACAUCCAAACUGCCAACAACAACUCCUCUCCAUCUGGUACGAGAACUUGUCUGGACUACGUCAGCAAACCACAGCGGUUAAAGUCCUGCUUGUUCUUGGAGUGGCUGCUGGGUUGCCUGUCCUGGCCUUUAUUAACUGGAUUGCACCAUCGAGUAAGCUGGGGAAACUCAUGUGUGGACCUUUCCUGAAGUUCAUCGCCCAUGCAGCUUCCUUUAUGAUUUUCCUGUGCCUGCUGAUCCUGAAUGCAGCAGACCGGUUUGGGGGAACAUCGCUGCUUCCUAACAUGACGACCCAUGAUCACCCCUCGCAGUUGUUUCGAAUGAAGACCACCCCCUUCACCUGGAUGGAGAUCCUCAUCAUCUCCUGGGUUAUAGGGAAGAUCUGCGAAGAAUGUAAAGACAUCUGGUCACAGGAUAUCCGGGAAUACAUGUCGGAGCCCUGGAACCUCCUGGAUUUUAGUAUUUCAACCAUUUUCAUGACCUCUUUCAUUGCCCGGUUAAUGGCUUUCUGGCAUGCAUAUUCUGCUCAGUGUUAUGUUGACGAGCACUACAACGGCCUGGCCAACAUGACCCUACCCUCAGAGAUACAGUAUUUCCAGCUGGCUCGUGUCAACUGGAUGCCCUCAGACCCCCAGCUCAUUUCUGAAGGACUCUAUGCAAUUGCAGUUGUGCUGAGUUUCUCUCGCAUUGCAUACAUCCUGCCGGCCAAUGAGAGCUUCGGGCCUUUGCAGAUCUCCCUGGGAAGGACAGUCAAAGACAUCUUCAAGUUCAUGGUGAUUUUCAUCACCGUUUUUGUGGCUUUCAUGGUGGGAAUGUUCAAUCUGUACUCGUACUACCUCGGAGCCAAGCACAACGAUGCCUUCACAACGCUUGAAGAGAGUUUCAAGACGCUCUUCUGGGCCAUCUUUGGCUUGUCAGAAGUGAAAUCAGUGGUCAUCAACAUUGACCACAAGUUCAUAGAGAAUAUUGGGUAUGUUCUUUACGGGGUGUACAACAUCAUCAUGGUGAUCGUCCUGCUGAAUAUGCUCAUUGCCAUGUUUAACAGCUCCUUCCAAGAAAUUGAGGAUGAUUCUGAUGUUGAGUGGAAGUUUGCCAGAGCCAAGCUGUGGUUCUCGUACUUUGAGAAUGGCGGCACACUGCCCGUGCCCUUCAACCUCGUACCCAGCCCCAUGUCUGUUGUUUCCCUCUGGCUGGGGAUAAGGGACCUUCUCCGGGAUGGACCUCAGGGCAAAAGCAAAGAGAGUACACAUGAUGAACGGGAGCUUAACAAGCUGAGGCAACAGGAAGAUCUGACUGUGGAGACACCACUUUGUCCAUCCCAUCACCAAAAGAUCAUGAACCGCCUGAUCAAGAGAUACAUCUUACAAGCCCAGAGGGAUAAAGAAAAUGAAGACAUUAACGAAGGUGAACUGAAAGAAAUCAAACAGGACAUCUCGAGUCUCCGCUAUGAGCUGCUGGAAAGAGAGAACCAUGACAUGGAGACACUGGCAAAGCUCAUCAGGCAUCUGGGAGACGACAUACACGUCCAUCAGAGAGCAGCUCAAAAGAAUUAGAUUGUUAUUUUUUUGUUAAAAUAAGGAGUUAAUGUACGAGAUGUAUUUAGGCUUCUGUCUUUUGCCAGUCUGUAAAUAAGAAACUGUUCUUAAUGACCUGCCUGGUUAAAUAAAGGUACAAUAAAAUAAAUAUUAAAAAAGACGUGACACAAUGCACUUUGCUCCUCAUUCUAGCAUUCACUCAGGGUCAAAGGGCCCUUAAGCACAGACUUAACAAAGUAUUUUUUUGACAAACGUGAACAAAUAAAAAAAAAAGAAAAUCUAUGUAUUAAACAUUAAAUUUAAAUUUAUCUACAUGUUUACAUAUAUACUCCCAGUGCCAACACUGUUCAUCAAAUGUUGGUGCUGAUUGAACUUUUUUUCCUGCACAGGCUCUGCUGCGUUAAUAUGCACUAUACUGACUGCCAACAUAUGACUGUGCUGCCUGUUACCAGCUGUUUAGAGGGUUUAAGGUUGAUUUAGAGGCUAUUGUCCCAUCUGGAGUAGAAAAAAGUGUUCAGACAGAAACAGCACAUGUUGUUAGCUGCAGGCUCAUAAAAUCCCUCAUGACACAGAAUAAAUGAAAUAUCUUUGGUUAGAACUGUCCUAAGAGCUGUCUGUGACUCACAGCAGAAGAGAGUGUAUUUUAUUCUGUAAUGUAACCUCAACAGAACUUGAGUUAAGUUGUUAUUUAUGGACAUGUUUCAUUCAGUUGUCGAUGUCGUAAUCACCAUG